UGGUUACCUCUGGGUCCAAUUAGCCUGGUCUGAGCCCUCCUUCCGGUGAGAGAGAGGUCGGCCCCCAGAGAAAGCGGAAGAGCGCGUUAGCGCGCGCUUCACAAAGUCCCGGUAGCUUGAGGAACUAGGUUGAGUGCCCAAAGGCUGUGAAGUGCGGGAAGGUCAAGACAGAGUGAAAGGGAAGAAGCAUUGAGAGAGCAGGGCCUGCGGGGAGUGGAGAAAUUAAAUAAAACUGCGGAUCCAAAUUAAGAGGCUAGGAUCUGGUGGGUGAGGCCUUGAGGGGCGUGGUCUUUGGGGCCAGGUCUUUUGACAGGUAGAGCCCCUUCCGAGUGGGCAGGACCAUCGCGGGGCGGGUUCUGACUGGAAAUGUCAGUGGUCUCCCUUCUGCGGGGUAGCAUGGGGCAUCGCACUCUAGCCUCCUUCCCGGCCCUAUGGGCCUCCAUCCCCUGUCCACGAUCUGAGCUGCGCCUGGACCUGGUUCUGGCUUCUGGACAGUCUUUCCGGUGGAGGGAGCAAAGCCCUGCGCACUGGAGUGGCGUGCUGGCCGACCAGGUAUGGACCCUGACCCAGACUGAGGAGCAUCUUUACUGCACUGUGUACCGAGGGGACAAGGGCAGGGUUGGCAGGCCCACACUGGAAGAGCUAAAGGCCGUGCAACAGUACUUCCAGCUGGAUGUCAGCCUUGCUCCACUGUAUCACCAUUGGAGUUCCGUGGACCCCCACUUUCAAGAGGUGGCUCAGAAAUUCAAGGGUGUGCGACUCCUGCAACUGGACCCCAUCGAAUGCCUUUUCUCUUUCAUCUGUUCCUCCAACAACAACAUUGCCCGCAUCACUGGCAUGGUGGAACGGCUCUGCCAGACCUUUGGACCUCGGCUCAUCCAGCUUGAUGAUGUCACCUACCAUGGCUUCCCCAGCUUGCAGGCCCUGGCUGGGCCAGAGGUGGAAGCUCAGCUCAGGAAUCUGGGCCUGGGGUACCGUGCCCGCUUUGUGAGUGCCAGUGCCCGAGCCAUCCUGGAAGAACGGGGUGGACUUCCAUGGCUGCAGCAGCUGCGCAAGGCCCCCUAUGAGGAGGCUCACAAGGCCCUCUGCACCCUGCCUGGAGUAGGCACCAAGGUGGCCGACUGCAUCUGCCUGAUGGCGCUAGACAAACCCCAGGCUGUGCCCGUGGACGUCCACGUGUGGCAGAUUGCCCAACGUGACUACAGCUGGCGCCCCACCACCAGCCAGGCCAAGGGCCCGAGCCCCCAGGCCAACAAGGAACUGGGUAACUUUUUCCGGAACCUGUGGGGACCUUAUGCUGGCUGGGCCCAAGCAGUGCUGUUCAGUGCUGACUUGCGCCAACUCCAGCGAGCUCAGGAGCCACCAGCAAAGCGCAGAAAGAGGAACCCAGAGCAAGAGCAGCCUCUGUUCCACCCCCUGUCAGCCAGAAGUGAGAACUCCAGGCCACUCGGGCCAUACAAGGCCACCACAGGGCCUGGGAUGUAGGAAACAGGAAGCAGUGAUCAACUGGCCAGAGGAAGCACCACCCUGGACCCAGCCUCCCCAGCCAGCCAGCCCCACGAAGUGAUCUCCUCUACCUGGCAGCAAGCAUGGUAUGAGAGCCCCAGCUUUCCAACUGAACCCAGCAAAAGAGGAGCUACACCCGGUUUCGUGUAUCAGUCUCAGGGAAGGACUAUGAUGGGCUCUGCUGAACUGACAUGCCUAUGCCUUUACCCCUGUACCUGUUGGCAGAGGAUUAAGGUAUUAUAAAGGGUAAAUGUACUGUCAUGGGCAACCCCACCAGAGUCACAAGGAGUGAAGACGGCUAUAUUGCCCAAAGGAAUAGCAGUGCUGGGCAGGCACAACCAAAAUCCAUCCUAGUCCUGCUCCCAUCAGAAAAAAAAAAUCAGUUAAUAUGUUUUGUUUCUUACUCUUCCAGACUUUUUAUAAUGUGUAUACAUAUACCCAUUUCCUCCUAUAGCCCCCUUCUCCAAUGAGCCCCCAUCUUCAAUGAGCAUAUUUCAAGGUACUAAAAAAGUAAGUCAAAGAAAGUCAAAAUAUAUGGAAACAAGAAAAGAAAAAAGUAAAGGAAGUAAUGCCCUUCUCUCCUUUGUAAUUAAAAAAGGACAAAACAGCUCAGACAUUGCCAUCAGUUCUUGAAUCCAACAGAAAAUUAACCAUUAGAUGUGUGGUCUUCUGAGAUUAGAGAAAAAUGGAAGAAAUCACAAGGAAAAGAUGGACAGGCUUAUAUACAAACAUAAAAACCUUUUUUAUUGAGGUAUA